UUCAGUCGCAUCCCGUUUUCUGACGGAUCCGCUGCGCUCUUAUCUCCACCAUCCGCUCUAAGUCUCGAGAGUGCGGAAUAUUAUUUUCUUAUCGCUUGCGGUGUGCUCGGAAGGAUUUAAAUGGACACUCGUGCAGCACCGCUGCCUGGACUUGAAUUUGCCUGGAAUCACUAAAGUUACUUCCGAGAAAGAUUAUUUUUUGGAAUGGGAAAAGAAUUUUAAUGCCGAUUAUGAAAACUGGAUGAAUGGUCAUAAUGAAAACGAUAUUAUUCUUUAAAAUGUUGAAUUUCCAGAAUCAUCCGAAGUUAGCGCAUGUUUUUAAAGACAAUUGACAAAGCGAACAAUCAAACGGCUGUCAUCAUGACAUCUUCUUUGCCCACGUUAGAAGACCUACAGAAGAAGGCUCGCUUGUCCAGAGCCAUCUACCCCAACCAGUACCUCACGCUUGAUAUGAGGUUACACCAGACACCAUGCGGGCCACCGUUUCUGAACAACGCUCAAUCCGGAGUUCUGGUGACAUCGACAGUUACGCAAGAACAGGAUGUGCAAUGGACAUCUGGCCUGCUCAGAGAGUGCACUAUGGUAUUUCGCUGCAGCAGGUUCAAGUCCGGCCGCCUUCCCAAUUACAGACCCAUCCACCGACAGAUGUCUUCGUCUCGCUCACCAGUAUCUCGGUUGCCGACUUGCUGGCGAUCGUGGAAUUCCUUCCGUAAAGCAUGCUUUUUCACCACCUUCAUCUGCAUGACUGCCGUCAUCUUCAGCAUCAUCGUCUCCGUCUUCACCCCGACAAAGAUGCCUAUCUCGCAUCUUGAUGCAGACGACCAACUCUGGUUCAAUGACGCCACAUUCUAUGAGAUUUUUCCAGCUUCUUUCCAAGACACGGACUCAGACGGUUAUGGAGACUUUCAGGGUAUCAUUCGUCGACUCGAUUACAUCCAUGAUCUAGGGGUCACAGCGAUCCGGCUCAAUUCCGUCUUCAGCGCUUUGGACUAUCCUCUCGAGUUCGAGCAUAUUAUCGACUUGAGGAGCGCCGAUCCUCAUUUAGGCAGAAUGGAUGAUUUCCGGCAGCUUGUCCUCGAAGCUCAUCGCAAGGGAAUAAGGGUUGUACUGGACCUGAAUCCUACCAUAACUAGCGACCAACAUACAUGGGCUCUGCAUUGGCAGAGAGGAAUUCCCGGCUAUGAGCACUUUUAUGCAUCCGCCAAUAGAUCUAAGGAUCCACCAGAAAUGGAAAGUUCUGAAGGGCCACCUCCGGAAGACUGGGAAUUAACGCAAAGGACCUUCGGUGGACAUUAUGUCCUAAAUUGGUCGAACUCCAUGGUACAGCAAGAAUAUCAAAAAGCUCUCAGCUAUUGGCUUGAGACAGGAGUAGAUGGAUUCUAUAUGAAACAUAUGGACAAAAUGCACGUUCUCAAUCUCCAGGACUUGCUUUUAAUCAUCCGCAAAUGGAGGACUGUCUUAGACACACCUCCUUCUUCCCUUUGGAUGCACCGGAUAGCAAGGAAAGUCCUCAUCGUUUCCGCAAAGUUUGCCGAAAGCCUCGCUGUAGAUUUGACAAUUCAAAAAGAUCUUCUGAAGUACGUGGAUCUCCUGGACUAUCCUAUUCUCGUAGGUAAUGGAAAAGAAAUGGCUGAUGAAGUUACUGGAUUAAAAAAGGUAUCCAAAUGGCCAAAGCACUUUCCCAUGCCUAUGUGGCAUAUGGGGAGUUCGGAUACCUUUCGAUUAGCUUCUAGGAUAGAGCCAAAGUUCCACAUGGCUGCUUUUUAUCUAUUGAUGGCACUGCCCGGAUGUAAUUCUGUGUUUUACGGUGACGAGAUUGGAUUAAAGGACAGUUAUGACGUAUUCAGUGGUAGACCUGUCUCCACAUUCUUGGAUAUCUCCCUUGAAGUACUGAUUAGGAAAGAUAAUUUCCAAGAUCAUCUGAACUUAACGUCUUACCUUCUUGCGGUUGCCUGCUUUUCUGAGGUUUAAAUAUCACUAGUUUUACAAUAAUAAACUUUAACAAUGGUAAACAC